UGGUGCCCCGCCUACUUCCUUCCUCAGGAUUGGUUAAUCCGGGGAUUCUUCCAGAUGAUUGACACUCGUAUGCAUUUGCUCGGGUCGUGUUUCAUUGUAACAGAUUCAGCCCCGGAUCAGAACACAUCCGAUUCGAAUGGAUUAUUGGAUGUUAUUGUUUUAUAGACGAGACGCCGACAGUUCAGGACAGUUUCAUUUGACGCGACCUUCUGAAGAAACAUUUUUAAGAAAUCGAGGAUCAGCGCGUUUGAUCUCAUCACUGUUCCUUUCAUCCUCUGAAGUCUGGCCGUGGUCGACCUCCCUAAGUGUCGGUGUUCCUUGUAAGCCAGGGAGACUUCUAGUCUUCUCUCUGAACUGUCUACUAGCAUUCCUUCAUUUCCCCUUGAGGGAAGUAACGCUUGCUUCCCAGCCUUGCAGACUGAUCGGAUCGAGCCAGGUUGAAAUCCUGUCCUCUUUCUAAAGCCACAAGCACACAAUUCCUAUUUCAAGUCCUGGGGCUUUACUCCAUGCAGCAUCAGCUCCUGUUGUGUAUGCAAGUGUCUGGAGGAAAUGCUGAUUCUGAGUUGAGGUUGGUGCUGAUUGGAAAAACUGGGACUGGGAAGAGUGCAUCAGGAAACACCAUCCUGGGCAGAGAGGAGUUUAUAUCUAAACCUGGCUCCGCUUCAAUUACGAGAGAGUGUUUGAAGAUUAAAGGAAGAGUUGAUGGGAGAAGCGUUGCUGUGGUCGACACUCCAGGCUUGUUUGACACCGAGCUCAGUAAUGAAGAAUCUUUACGUGAGAUUGUGAAGUGCAUUUGCAUGUCUUCCCCGGGACCCCAUGCAUUUCUCAUUGUGAUACAAGUGGGUCGAUUCACAAAGGAAGAGAGAGACACAGUGGAUCUAAUCAUGAAGGCUUUCGGUGAGGAAGCUGAGAAAUACACAAUGGUGCUCUUCACCCGUGGAGACGACCUGGAAGAUAAUGAGACGAUUGAGGAAUACAUUGAGAGAGGUGAUCAGCGCCUCAAGAACAUUGUAGAGAAGUGUGGAGGCCGGUGUCACUCCUUCAACAACAAGAAGAUGACUGAUCGCUCCCAGGUCACUGAGCUGCUGGGGAAGAUAGAGAGCAUGGUGAAAGAGAAUGGAGGCGGUUGCUACACCACUGAGAUGUACAAGAAGGCUGAAGCAGCCAUCGAAGAAGAGAAAAAGAGGAUAAUGAAGGAAAGCCCAGGUUGCAGUGAGGAAGAUGCUAGAAAGAUAGCAGAAGUAAGCAAUGUAUUUAUAAAACAAUUACUAAUACUAACAGCAGCAGCAAGAGUAGCAGGAGGAGCAGGAGUAGGUGCAUCAAUAGGAGCAUUCGGAGGACCCUUAGGAGCAGGAAUAGGAGCAGCAGUAGGGAUAGUAGCUGUGUAACAAUACAGUAAAGUCCUGCAUGAGCCCUGACUUUGUCAGACUCCAGUGUAUUUCAAUGUGCUUUCUGUUUACUUCAUGUAUUGUUUCUCCUGCUCUCUGUACAAUGAACUCAAACAUAUUACUGUGGCUGUUUUCUUCUUUUAAUUUAGCAAGAACCUCAAAUAAACUU